AUGGGGGCCUUUCGUUCUUCUGGCUCGAUGGCAAGUCCAGAAGUAGCAUUGCCGCGGGACUCGUCAAAGGGGGAGAAGAGCCACUUCAGUCCUGGAAUCGUAAAGCCAGAGAGUGAUAGAGAUAACAGACACAAUGAUUCCGCUAGUAGCAUCAACGCCGACGACGAGAUCGUGUGGCAUUAUUUGACCUUCGAGACCGAUCUACCGGCACCAGCCCUUCUGUCCCAGGAAUCGUUGAACACUGCUGUAGUAGGGACGCUACCACCAUGUCCGAACCUGGAGAAAUACACAUCCCCCUUCCUCUGGUCUGAGAAACGAAAAAGCUUCAUGACCUGGCUUUCCUGCGUUGUCACCAUGUUCACGGCCUACAAUGCGGGCGCCUACUCUUCUGGCCUCGAUCAAAUGAUCACUGAGUGGAACGUCUCCAACUUAGCCGGCCUGGUCGGUAUCACGACUUUCACCUGUGGUUUCGGCAUUGCUCCCAUGUUCCUGGCUCCGUUCUCAGAAAUCAAUGGAAGAAGACCCAUCUUCUUGUCAACAGGUUUGCUAUGGGUGGUUUUCCAGAUCGUCUGUGCUACGACUCCUACAUAUCCGGGAAUGAUCAUAGGGAGGUUCCUGGUCGGUUGCGCCAGUAGCACUUUCUCGACCAUGGUGGGCGGAGUCGUGAGUGAUAUAUACCACGCCGCGGAUCGAAAUACCGCAAUGACCUUGUUCACGGCCUCGGCAAUGUUUGGAACUGGAUUCGGACCUCUUGUCAGUGGUUUUAUUGCACAGCACAUCAGCUGGCGAUGGAUAUUUUGGGUGCAGGUCAUCGUUGAUGGGGUUCUCAUGGUGUUUAUUGUGUUCUAUUUCAAAGAGACGAGAGGGUCUGUUCUCCUUUCCAGAAAGGCCAAGGCACUGAACAAAUGGUACGAUCAGCUGGAAUCUGCCGGGUACUACGGCGUAUCGAUGCCUUCGGCACCAGACCCUCAGAAGACGACAAUACAACGAAUCAGAUGGAAAUGCAAAGCAGACGAGGAACGCAGCAGUAUUGCGACCAUGAUCAGGAUCUCGUUGUACAGGCCUUUCCACAUGCUGAUCACAGAGCCGGUCGUCUUCUUCUUCAGCCUCUGGAUCUCUUUCAGCUGGGGCGUGCUUUACAUGACUUUCAGCGCUAUCCCCUUGAUCUACUCGACCACCUAUGGCUUCGACUUGCAGCAGACAGGCGCCAUCUUCGCAGCAAUCAGCAUUGCUGCAGUGAUAUUCACGUUCAUAUGCAUAUACCAGGAACGGGUUGCGACCAAGUACCUCCCGGAAACGCACAGGGAGAUCUUACGAGGGCCAGAGGGACGUUUGUAUUUUGCUUGCGUGGAGUCUGCUUUACUUCCCAUUGGGAUCCUAUGGUUUGGCGUAUCAGGAGCUUACCCGCAAUGCCACUGGAUUGUCCCUACACUGGGAAUUGCGUUGGCGACGAUGGGCGUGUUCAGCGUGUAUCUGGCGGUUUUCAAUUACCUUGCGGACUCGUAUCAUCGAUACGCUAGCAGUGCUUUAGCCGCCCAGAGCUUCUGUCGAAACUUGCUGGCUGGAGCAUUUCCUCUUUUCACAAGACAAAUGUUCAGAGCAAUGACCUACCAAGGAGCAGGCGGAUUUCUGGGCGGUAUCGGCUUUCUCCUUACCAUAGUGCCAUGGGCACUGCUCUUAUACGGACCAAGAAUCCGAGCAAAGAGCAAGUUGGCAAGUGAGAUUCUGGCAAAAGAUUAG